AUGUCAUUAUGCACCGUUGGCCGUUUGGAAGGCCUUAUUUUGAUGAUAAGCCUCACCUUAGCUUCGGCUGCAGGGACAGCUGACUGGAAGGCCAGAUCCAUAUACCAGACUAUGACAGAUCGGUUCGCUCGCACAGACGGCUCAACAACAUCGCCAUGCAACACCACGACGGGUCUUUACUGUGGAGGAACAUGGCGAGGAACUAUGAAUCAUCUGGAUUACAUUCAAGGAAUGGGGUUUGAUGCUGUGAUGAUAUCUCCAAUCAUCGAGAAUAUCCAUGGCCGUGUCGAAUACGGCGAAGCUUAUCAUGGGUACUGGCCAUUGAGUUUCGAUAACCUCAACUCUCAUUUCGGGACGCAUCAGGACUUGCUCGACCUCAGCGAAGCUCUGCAUGCCCGUGGAAUGUAUCUCAUGAUGGAUACAGUGAUCAACAAUAUGGCCUACAUCACGAAUCACAGCGACCCCGCUACGCACAUCGACUACUCCGUCUUUAGACCCUUCAAUAGUUCGGACUAUUUCCAUCCCUACUGCAAAAUCAAAGACUGGAACAACAUGACCGAUGCCCAACUGUGUCAGACAGGUGAUUUGAUCGUCCCUCUGCCAGAUCUCUUUACAGAACAUGAGGAUGUCCAAGAUCUCCUGAUCGAAUGGGCGAACAAUGCCAUUAAGACCUAUUCUAUUGAUGGACUGCGGAUCGACGCUGCCAAACACGUCACCCCGAACUUUCUUCUCAGAUUUUUCGAAAACGUCAAUACUUUCAUGACAGGAGAGGUUCUUGAAGGGGCAGUCAACACGAUCUCCGAUUACCAGCGUGAUUACAUUGCCAGCAUGCCGAAUUACCCGAUCUAUUUCGAGAUCUUGAACGCUUUCACCCAGGGCAAUCCGUCCGCGUUGGCGAAGGAAGUGGAGAACAUGAGACUUUCGAUGCCUGAUACUAAUGCUAUGACAUCUUUCUCUGAAAAUCACGACAAGGCUCGGAUCCCGAGCCAUUCCCAAGACAUCGCGAUGGCCAAGAACGUUCUGGUAUUCACUAUGCUGUUUGAUGGGAUCCCAAUGAUAUACCAGGGUCAGGAGCAACAUCUCGACGGAGACGGCACGCCCAAUAACCGGGAAGCUAUCUGGCUCACCAAAUACGAUACCGAUGCAGAACUCUACAAGCUGAUUGCAAAACUGAACGGUAUCCGGAAACACGCAUACUCCCUCGGUGAAGAUUACCUGAGCCACCCAACUCAUACAAUCUUCCAAGGGGGAAGCGAGCUUGCUUUCAUGAAAGGUGUUGAGGGUCGACAAGUGGUUAUGGUUCUCUCCACUCAGAAUUCAACAAGCAAGUCCUAUUCAAUGCGGUUACCAUUCAGCUACAAUGCUGGCACGACAGUGAUAGAUAUUCUGAACUGCAACAAUUACACUGUGGACAACGAGGGUACACUGGAGGUGGAUAUGGACAAGGGAGAGCCCCGGGUUUUCUUUCCCACACAACAUAUGGAUGGCAGUGGACUUUGUGGCUAUGCUGCAUCAAAGGUCUCCUGGGGGUCCUUGAAAACUACCAGUGGUGCGACUUCGCUUGGCUCUGUGAUCACAACUGUCCACGGUACCAGUCUGGCUGUGUUCCUACUAGCAGCAGUGGCCGGCCCAUUUGUAGUGUCUUUGUGA